UUGGGCCAAAUCGAAUAAUGAUAUGAAUCAAACCCAACAGUCCAACCCAUUUAUCAAGCUUUAUGGUUUUUCAUUUUAUUUUUUAGUUUUUGUUUAUCUGCAGAAGGGAAGCUCAACAUAUCAAAGUGAAGCAUUAGCAAUGGCAUUUCUCUCAAAUUGAGUAAUUUUUGCAAUUUUUGCCAAUUCUGUUACAGGAAUAAAUAAACAAAUAAAUCUGAAAGAGGAUGGCUUGUAGCAUAUCGUCUUGUGCAUUUCUGAUAUCAUCAGACUUGUUUCGACCUCGAAUGAACAAACCCACUUCACUUUCUUGGUCUUCUUCUAUGCCCCAAUUGAAUCUCUCACUCAAUUCCAGACCUAAUUUGUCAAAUUCCUUUCCGAAACAGGACUUUGUCGUUCAAGCAGCCUGGACCAGGAGAUCUCGGGGAGAACCAAAGAAAACCGGGAGGAAAUCAUGGAAACAACGGACUGAUAUGUACUUGAGACCUUUUCUGCUGAAUGUUUACUUCUCAAAGCGAUUCAUUCAUGCCAAAGUGAUGCACCGUGGAACCAGCAAAGUGAUUUCUGUUGCCACCACUAAUGCCAAGGAUCUAAGAACUACCUUGCCAUCUCUAAUUGAUAAUAAUGCCUGUAGAGUGGUGGGUAAGCUCAUUGCUGAGCGAUCAAAAGAUGCCGAUGUAUAUGCACUGGCUUAUGAGCCUAGAAAAGAUGAGCGAAUAGAGGGCAAGCUUGGUAUUGUCCUAGAUACCAUAAAAGAAAACGGGAUCAUAUUUGUAGACUAAAAUUUCAAUUAUUUAGUUAUGAUGUAGAGCAAAAUUAUGUGCUUGAUGGUAGCUUGCUUAAGUUAAUUGGCAUUUUGAUAUUUUUCUAUUAUAAUCCACCCAUCAGAGGCAAUCUUCAGGGCUUCA